AUGAAGGCAGGGGCACCGCAUUUCAUGCAGCAAGUGCGCUUUGACUACAUUGACAUCUUCUUGCAUCCGCGCAUGAUCCAGUACUUUCGCCGCCUGCCAGACGAGUGCGCGUCAACCAACAUGAGCAAAGCCCUGUUCGCUCGCUUGUUGUGUCAUGAACUGCUGCCAUUGGACGUGGAGAGGGCAAUUGCAAUCGACCUCGGCGACAUCUUAGUCUUUGAGGACAUUCUCGGCUUGUGGAACGAGGGUGACUUGUUGCAAGCGGAUGAGCUGCUAGCAGCUGCCUCCCACCGUGCAGUAGAAGAGACUUUACGCCACACCAAGCCAACAACUCUCAACGGAGGCUUGGUUUUGUAUGAAGUUGCACGCAUGAGGACAUCUGGAUAUACCGAGGACACGCUGCGCGCUGCGAGGGGCGGUCUGGAGCGCAACUACCAUCACUUCUGCAUGUGGGACCAGGACAUCAUAAACGCUAUGCACCAGGACCUGUGGGGAGGUCGACGUGUGCGAGUGCUUCCAUGCCGGUGGUCAUUAUUUCCGGUUGCUGGGUGGCAGUUCUUCUGGAACACGCCGUCCUUCUGGCUCAGCGAGUUCAUUGAGCUAAGACGCUAUCCUGGAUUUCUCGGGGUUGACCAUUUUGAGCACUUCUGUCCUGGCCCUGUCCUGAUGCUGCACUCCAUGUUUGCUUUCGGGAGCAAAAGGGACCGCAAAUUGGCGCGAGACGUCGCCUUGGUUCAAGGAAUUCGGAAUGAGCUACCUGGUUCUUCAAUACAUGGGCCAGACGGGAGCAAGUGCCUUUGCGGUGAGAAAGCGGCUCUUCUUCAUGUACCCUCGACAAUGAAGCUUUGGCCAUGGGUGCAACGUCUUUUCAGCUUCCACAGUCCACCAUUCCUCCCGAGGGCAAAUGACGCAGCAAUGUUCCAGUCUCGAGCCGAGCAGGGUGAGGAGAUCGGUGGUGGCUUUUGGGGUGCUGAAGGUGAGCGUGAGCUGGCAUCUAUGAGGACAGGAACCUUCAGGUGGGCUAUGUCUGUUGGCGCCACAAUUGUGUCCCAGAACUGUGCAACCAUGCCCACGUCACACGGGAACUAUGCUGACGUGGAGUUUGCGGGGUGGAAUCGGAGUGAUGAGCUCACUCUGGUGGCCGAAACGGAUGCCAGCCAGGAUGCCCAUGUCUUCAUCGGCAAGAUUACUCCCGUGACGGAUGCCCUCUAUGCGGUCGGUUUGGAAGUGGUUGUCGAUGCCUUCAACAAAUCCAGAACCGUGCUGCGAUGGGGCAUGGGAAUCCGCGGUGAUGAGCUUGCUAGCUACGACGGCAGUGUCUUACAGGUGGGACCACUGGCGUUGGUGUUUCUGUUAGAGACGAAGGGCGCCCGCGUAGCAGCUGCUACGUCCACCUCACUGUUUGUGGCUGGCUGCGCCAGAGGGCGCAGGCAUGUUUGGCUGCAAUGCCAAGUAGCUUCCACUAGCUCUUUGGUGAGGCGAUGUUGUACUCAGAACUCCUCUGACACCGAGAAGGCUGACUGGUCCCUCAGCUCGAACAGGGUGCAGAUUCUGGCGCUGCUGCUCCUGGCGUGUAUUGCCAAUCAGGCAUGCCGAGCCCUUCCCUUCUACCUGGUGGAUUUUGCUGCUGAUGCUCAGGCAGAUCAGGCGAUGAACCAGGACCUGGCCUUCGGCUCUUCUGAUUACGCGCUCUUUGCAACAUUGGGCUUUACAAUCCCGUUUACGCUUGCCUCGCUCUAUGCUGGGGUCGCUGCUGACAGCGUUGACCGCUUUCGCUUGACAGCGGCAGCCGGAAUCGGUUGGUCACUUGCCACUGCCAGCAUGGCCUCAGCGAUGUCCUACAACACGUUGCUAUUCCAGCGGGCCGUGCUCGGGCUCUUCCAGGCAGCCACCAAUCCUGCCGCGCUCUCCGUCAUUUCAGAGCUUUUCCCAGAGGCACGCGCUACGGCAAAUUCUGUCUUUGGGUUGGGAAUCUACAUUGGAGGCGCUGUUGCCUCUCUUGGCGCAGCCAUUGACGAGCAGGAAGGGUGGAGAAUGGCAUGUUUGGGCUUCGGCUUUGUCAGUGCCGGCGCCUGCCUUCCACUUCUUUUUCGCAGCGAUUCACGCAGCAGUGAAACACUACAGUGGCCAUCUGACCCGUUAGCGCAACUGCAAGCAAAGCUGGUGGCGCUACCUACUGACGCCGUGGGCGUCAUCACAAAAUCAGCUGAGGCUGUCUCACCAACUUCAGCCCGCUGGCUGCUGCUGGCGUCAACUUUGCGUUUCAGCGCUGGAUUUGCCAUCUUGGUGUGGCUGCCCACUGCCAUCCGUGCAUCGUUCCCAAACGACGUGGAACAGUUUGCUGUCGUCAACUCCCUUAUAAAAGCGUUUGCUGGCGGCACUUCGUCCAUAGCGGGAGGCCUUGCAGCUGACGAACUCCGAGCACGAGGCUUCGGGGACCAGGCUGCUGCCCUCUUUUGCGGCGUUACGAGCCUGAUAUCUGUGCCAUUAUGGUACUUCACGUUGGAUGAUGGACUGAGCUUUGAGACUUGCAUGGGGUUCCUUCUUGUGGAGUAUCUUGUUGCAGAAAGCUGGCUCGGGCCGGCAAUAUCUGCGCUGCAGGGUGCCGUGCCUGCUGGCCAGCGUGGGACAGCUCAGGGUGUGUUCUCAUCUUUAACUGCGUUGGGCAAUGGCCUCCCAGUGUUUUUGGGGCUUCUGGCACCUUCCCAACUAGCAGCGGGCCUCCAAGUCAGCGUGAGCGCUUGCUACUUGCUCAGCGGGGUCUGCUUUCUCAUGGCGGCUUUGAAUCUGCAGGACCAACCAGCUCAGGGCGCGUCGCAUGAGUGA